AUGGACAGUAUUAUUCUUAAUCCUCUGAAGCCUGUUUUGCCUGAUCACAAAGCCAUGCUGGAUGAAGCACAGCUGGAUAUCCUGGGGCAGCGGUUCAGAAAGAAGUCCCGGUCGGUUUGGGAGAGGUUGAACGCAGAAUGCUGGUGAGUGACAGUGGGGCCUUGUUUGCCCCAGCGCUGUAUUCAUUGGGAGAUUCUCAAUUAGGUUUUGCUGAACUCCUCUGUCCUCCGUACUCUCCUUGCAUCCUUUUGAAAAAGGUAAAAGUUAAUCGAGGAGAGGGUGGAGGAGAGGAAACGUGGAAACAAAUGCACUCUCCUUCUCCACUAGCACAGCAUCAGGCAAAUUAUCCUUACAGAGUACGAAUACAUGACUAAAGUGGUACAAAUUUAUUUGAGAGAUAAAAGGAUAAGUAGCAUAUCGUUUUAAAAUGUGUGCAUGAUUUUCUCUUGUGUGUGGCGGAUUUCGGCAGAGGAGACUCAGAGGAUGCACUUGUGCUUCCUCCGCAGGGAAGACGCAAUCGAGGACAGAGGCAGACUCCUCUGUUCACCUAAUAAUGAUUUGACACUCCUCGAUCACUCGACCACUUAUCGGUUUCCAGGUCAUGGAGGAGAAAGGACAGAGGAGUUAUUUAUUUGUCCUUUCAGCUAGUGCUGAAAGAGUGAAAUGUGGGUCGAGUUACCCUGAGAAAGGAAAUAAUGCAAGGCUUUGAAUAUAAUAUAUAUCGGUAUGUUUGUAUGUAUGACUGACACACAGGUACUUUCGCCACACUUGCUAUCAUAAUGAUUGGCACUGUGAAGGGUAAUGUGGAGUUGCUUAGCAACGGUGUUGAGGAGCGGGAGGGUUGACAGAGACUUUACUUGUGAUAUGAAACUUAAGUUAUUAGAAUGUUAUGUUCCCAGGCUACAUGGGAAACUACCAGUAUGUCCCUUCUCUCUCUCCGUGGCUCCAGCCUGUCCCCCCAAGCCAAGGAGCUGUUUGGUCCGGCUCUGUCCCUCGCUGUGGUAGGCUUAGGCUUCACAUCCUCCAUGGGGAGAAUGUUCGCCCAAAAACAUGGUUACACCUUGGACAGCAACCAGGUAACAGAGAAAUGAGCUCUCACAUUGUCUCAUAAUGAACUCGCUAUCCUCACUCCACUGUUAGAAGGACCCGUUUUUCUCUCCCCCUAUUUAACUGUUAUAAGUGGUCUCCCUGCUGUAGGACCUGUUGACGAUAGGCCUCUGCAACACAAUUGUAGGGAUGUUCUUGUGUUUCACCGUCAGCUGAUCCUUGUCACACAGUACAGUCCAAGGGAGUGUUGGGGUGAAAACUCAGGUAGUGAUUUAUUUUAAAUGUUUUAAGGAGAAUGGAAUUAUUCUUUGUGAUAGACAUAGUAGUAAAAUGAGAGGGGGGGUACAAGUGAUAGGGAUACAUAAUUAAAAGUCUGAUACGGGAAUUGAACCCUGGUCCCCCCUGGGAAUAUGUAGUCCAUAGUUGGCUGCAUUGUCGCUAGACUAAACUCUGGCACAGGUAAAGACUUCAUCUCACAUCUUCUAUCUCUUAUAUGUACAGGUAAUUGACAAAAUAAAGGAAACACUUGAGUAAAUGAGGGAUACAAAGUAUAUUGAAAGCAGGUGCUUCCAUACAGCUGUGGUUCCUGAGUUAAUUAAGCUAUUAACAUCCCAUCAUGCUUAGGGUCAUAUGUAAAAAUGUCCAAUUGCCCAUUAUUUAACAAAUAACACAUAGGCCUAUGUAUUUCAUUUCAAUAUCCUACUACAAUCCACCAGGAUUUACAAAACCCUAUUUUUAUUGCAUUUAUUUCCAUCCAUAAUUAGUCCAAAAAGUAUUGCACCUGAAAAUAUGACUGUUAUAUUUUCCCUUAAAGCUUUUAAUCAAUUAACAUAAUGCAUGCAGUCAUUUUAUUUCAAUUUCAGUAGCUAAAUAAGGAGGUAGGCAUAUCAGUUUCAGCUAAAACAUGGAUUAGAAUCACGUGCAGCAAUAGAUCUCUGUGUGCAGGCAGCCUGCUCGAGCGCAUCGGUCAACAUUCGUAUGGUAGUUGGGACAGAGCGCCUGGUAGGCUACACAACAACAAAGCUGGAAAACAACUGUUUCUCGAAAUGUACACAAAAAAAGGCAAAAAGAUUUGACUGAUAAGUGGUAUUCCCUGUUCUCCAGGUAGAACUCUUUUGGGUUCCAUGUAGAACCCUUUUUCCACAGAGGUUUCUACAUGGAACCCAAAAGGGUUCUACCUGGAACCAAGAAUAAUUUUACAUGGAACCAAAAAGGGUUAUCCUAUGGGGACAGCCGAAGAACCCUUUUGGAAACUUCCAGAAGCUUUAAAAUGUGGGCCAGAUUGUCAGGAUGGGUAAUGUACUGUAUAAGUACACAUUAUUUACAAGUAAGAACCCCUCAAGAUACACUUCAUUUUAACUAGCUAAAUUCUAUGUAACACCUAUUAAUUACGUUGUUCUUAUGCAAACAUUACAUGUACUAUGCUUUGAAAUAGUAUGUUUUUCCUUAUCUGGGAUGACCAUGUUAACAUCCACGAGGGGUCACAGCCUUUGUGAGAGUUGUUACUGAAUCGGACGCAGCUGAGAAGAAACAAAACACAAAGUUUGUGAAUGUAGUGGAAACCUGCCCAUUUGUAACAAGCAUUAAUUGUUACACCGUUGUAAUUACAGACCACAAUUACUACCAGUUACAUGUUGUUAUUAUAACUAUUGGUUGUCACAGUUAACUACAAUACUUGUUACACUGUAAUUACACUGUAAUAAGGACACCUUAAAAUGAAGUGUUACCCCAGGUUAUGAUGAGGUCUUAACUAUGACAAGUAGGCCCCAUAAUAUAACACAUAAUAUAGUGGUCAGAAUUAUGACCAGCUGGUCAGAUAGAGGUCACAAUUAUGACCAGCUGGUCGUAUGGUGGUCAGAAAAAUACAUAUUCUGGUCAGUAAUAAGCCGUCAUAAAAAGACAUCAUACGUUAGUCUCUCUUUACAGCUGCUGUGGUUGGCCUCCCUAAUCUCCACGUUGCUGUUCAACCUGGAUCUGGGCCUGUUUGCUACCAUGGCCCUCUCUCUGAUCACUGGAGUGACUGUAUUCUCCUGCUCCAACCCUCUGUACUUUGCAAACGCUGAGCUGCUCUUCAGCUCUCUCAGAGAGGUACUGUAGGUAGGCUGCAUGCCACGAGACAUAAACUAUACCUCAACCCAGACAAUAUAACAUAAACCAUAACUCAACCCAGAACCACCACAUUCCACUGUUUGUUUAUACAUAUUUGUGCAUUCCUUCACGCACUUACUGUAGGUUGACACCUAUAAUUCAUACAAUGUGAAAAUCUAUUAACAUUAGCAAUUGUGUGUGUGUGCGUGCGUGCGUGUUUGUGCAUGCAUACGUGUAUGUGUGUUUUUGUGUAUACAGUCUGUUGAGAACCACCCCUUACCUCAAAUGUCAGGAACAAGGCACGGUCUGGUGCUUGAGUUUAGCUCAGUCAUCUUCAUGGAUUCUGUGUCAAUCAAAGCACUAUGCAAGGUGAGCCCAAACAGUCAUUACCUGAAACAAAUAACACAAACCCCAUGUAUAGACAAUGGUGUUACUAUACUAUGUUAGGUCACUAUCUCUAGUUCUGCAUUCCAGCUGUACAAACAAUUUGCUUUAUUGGGUUGAUUGCCUUUAACAAUAGCUUUGUGAGUGGUGCAUAACAUAUUGCGUAAUCCAGUCAAACAUAAUCCACAUUACAUCAUAAAAUAUGACUGUGCUGUGAGAUCAAAAUGUAUGGUCCUCCUUACCUCACAGCGUACCAUAAUGGAUGUUGUUGAUGUUAUCUGUGUGUUCUGUGUUAUCUUCAACCAUACAGACAGUCUUUGAAUAAGAUGGGCAUAUGUUAUUUUGUGUGUGUGUGUGUGUGUGUGUGUGUGUGUGUGUGUGUGUGUGUGUGUGUGUGUGUGUGAUAAAGAGCAGAAGAGAGAGCGUGAGAUAGGGAUAGGGCACAAGAGAUAUUCCACACUGUGUGUUUCUGGCAGCUUGUAA